CCCGGACCGUGCCCACCCCUACUUUUUCAGCUCAAACAUAUUAAUUCAUGGUUGCUUUUGUAAUGACUCCUUUGCCCACUUUUAUAUGCCGAUCGUCUCCUCCUUCCGGCUUCUUGACACCAAAUCGAUGGCUUCUCCUAAUCUCCAAAGCGGCCCCUGCACUGGUUUGUUGGGUGUUCAUUAUUUGUUGGGUGGGAUUUGGAAUUAUCGGCCCUGCACUGGUUUGUUGGAAUUAUGGCAAUAAUUACGCUGGGGGUUAUAGGCUCUGGUGCAAACGGAAUUCUACAUUGGGUGGAGGAAUUUUUGCAGGAGCUAUGGAAAAGUGGAUUUUAAUUUGUUGGGAAAUUUGACUGGUGCGGAAUAAUGGAGAAGGGGUUGACACCAAAUGAAGGCUUAUUGGAUGGCUAUUGAGCAAGGUCCAUUUUUUUAAACUACCCUUUUGGUAAUUCUACAUCGAAUCAGUCAUUUCAAUCAAUAUAUUAUCAAAUACUUUCAAUUCAAC